UUGCCGAUAAGCGCGCUAGCUCGCGCACAAGCGCACCCAAAAGUUCGAGAAAGUCCGAGCGCAACCGAAACGGACCCCACCCCCUUUUUAUUCCUACGGCGGUCAGAGAGAUACAAGAAGACCGUAACGCCUCCGAUCUAGCAGCUACACUGCGCAUGCGUGAUACCCCACGGCUGUCCGAGCGAGGCCCUGCAAUGAGACGCGGAAGAUCGCCGGAAGAUCCGGUUAAUGUGACACUCUGAAUUCAAAUAUGUUUGUGUGUUGACGCUGCACGGAGCAACGUGACGCCGCCUCCACCAGAGGAGAAGACGUGCAUCGACCACUGAGCGGCUCGCGGUGUGUGUGUGUGUGUGUGCGUGUGUGUGUGUGCGCGUGUGGUUCUCCUCCAGCAUCAACGCCUCUGACCAACUUCCGUAUUUACUGAAAGAUGGCGACAGGCCGCGGCGUCCCGCUCAGCACGCUUUGUCCCAAGUUUCUUCACACAAAUUCCACCAGCCACACCUGGCCCUUCAGUGCCAUCGCUGAGCUCAUAGACAAUGCCUAUGAUCCAGAUGUCAGUGCCAAACAGUUCUGGAUUGAUAAGACUAUGGUCCAUGGACACAAAUGCCUCAGCUUUAUGGAUAAUGGAAAUGGACUGGACCAUGAAACCAUGCAUAAGAUGCUCAGCUUUGGGUACAGUGACAAGAUUCCUCUAAAGGGUGUCGAGCCAAUUGGUAUGUAUGGCAACGGCUUCAAGUCCGGAUCCAUGCGUCUUGGCAAGGACGCCAUCGUGUUUUCAAAGUCCGAGAAGUCUUCAUGCGUCGGGAUGCUCUCGCAAACCUACCUGGAUAAGAUCGGUGCUAACCAAAUAAGUGUCCCUAUCGUCUGCUUUGAACAGAGAGAGAGAAACAAGUUCAGUGUAAGAGAGGAGCAGAAAGCCAGUCUGCAGGACAUCCUGAGCUAUUCCCCUUUCAAGACGGAGAGAGAAUUGCUUCUUGAGAUCGAUGCCGUCCGUUCCAACUCCACAAAGAAAACUGGCACGCGGAUCAUCAUCUGGAAUCUCCGCGGGACAUCUACCGGAACAACCGAGUUUGAUUUUGAGACCGAUCGUUACGAUGUCCGAAUUCCAACUGACGUCUACGAGGAAAUGAAUAACACUCAAUAUCCAGACAGGCUCACUUCGAACAGGGUCAUCCCUGUGAGUUUUUACUCACUACGGGCGUAUUGCAGUAUUCUGUACCUGAAGCCGAGGAUGCAGAUCAUCAUUCGUAGUCAAACUGUGAAAUCUCAGCUCAUCGCUAAGAGUCUGGCCUCCAUCCGAAAGGACCACUACAGGCCCAAUUUCGUGGAAAAACGUAUUCCUAUUAUUUUUGGCUAUAACACCAAAAGUAAAGACCAGUAUGGCAUUAUGAUGUAUUACAAGAACCGGCUCAUCAAAGCCUACGAACGCGUGGGCUGUCAGCUCAAGGCCAACAACAAAGGUGUCGGGGUCAUUGGGAUCAUAGAUUGUCACUUUCUGGAGCCUACCCACAACAAACAGAGCUUCGAUGAAACGGAUAAGUACAGGAAAACAAUUACCAGUUUGUCGACUAAACUGGAGGAAUACUGGAAUGAAAUGUGCUUCAGGAGGAAAAGAGAGAAUCCAAACGCCACCACACCAGUGGAAGAUACCAUGAAGCGGCCAGAUCAAAACUGGGUGCAGUGUAACGACUGUUUGCACUGGCGCAAACUCCCAGAUGGGAUCGACUGCAGCAAGCUGCCAGACCAUUGGUACUGCCAUAUGAACCCUGAUCCUCAGUUCAGGAGCUGCCAGGUGGAGGAGGAGCCUGAGGACUCAGAUGAUGAGAAGCCUACAUACUGCAAGACCUAUAAACAACAAGAGAGGGAAGACAAAAGGAUUCAAGAGAUGGAAAGACAAAAGGCUGAGGAGGCUCGAAAGCGCCAGGAAGAACAACGUCUGGCGAAUCUCCACAGGGCUGCCCAUUCCCCCUCCACCCCUACUACCCCAAAGAGGUUUACCUCUGUAAGACCACGCAGUGGUGCCUCUCACGUUAGGUCCUUUCCCCAAGCUGUUUCCAGCUCCUCCAGUAACAAUGGUCUUCCAGUUAUUUCUAGUGUUUGCUCAUUGUCAACAAGCCCCAGGGUAAAAAGAACACUGCCUGCCACUCCACACAGCUCCCCCAAAAUACCUAAAAUCAAUGGCAACUUGGAUACAUCCACAUUCUUGGAUACAUCCACAUUACUGGAUGAGAGCCCACAGUGCUCACCGUCAGUGCUCGUCAAUGAUGAUGCUGAUGAUGAUACUGAUGAUGACAUUUUCAUCUUGGAAACCGCCAGUACCGCCAAGCCAGCAAAUCCAGCCUGUGAUUUGACUCUAGUGAAGGUGGAGCAAGAGCAAAGUGACACUGAUGUCGUCAUGCUUUUGGAGUGCAGCGACGAUGCUGCUGUGGAUGGCGCCCCAGAGACGAAUGUUGCAGGAACGGGCCCUGCAGGGUCUGCAACUGUGGGAACCAGUUCCUCCCCAGCCCCCCCUCCACUGGUGGCCAGCAUCACCACCCAGACAGAAAGGCCCAAAGUGAAGAAGGAAGAGAAGGACCAGAUUCUAACUGACGGGGAGAAGAGAGCAGGGCCGAGUACAUCCACCAACGGCGGUAGAGAACAGAGAUCAAAUGUGGACCGUGGUGUUGGCACUGUUGAGCAAAUAAUAGUGAAACAUGAGAACAGUGGAGACCCUCACGCCGCAUAUCAAGGCAACCAGACCUUGCAGAACGGGGGGGAGCAUCAUCUGGGUAGUGGCGAAGUGGCGGGACCCGCCUGUGCGAAUGCCAUUGAUGAGACGGACGCUUCACGUCACUACCCCAGUGUCACUGAGGUACAGAACCAGCAGGACCAGCUCAUAGAGCUGAUGCAGGCUACAGCUGUGGAGAGAGACUCCUUUCAAGAGCAGGUCCAUGAACUUACCUGCCAACAGCAAGACAUGGAGAGCAGACUGCAGGAUCUGUCUCAGAUCAAUGUGAAGAAGGAGUGUUCUCACCAGGCCAACCAGACGGAGGAGGAGAAGGACUACAAGGCUCUGUUUGAGAGGGCCAAACAGAAAGUCGAUUCACUGAUUAAGGACAAAGAGCUUUUACUGACAUCUACUGCGACCACGCCCAGUGCUGCCCAAUGUGAAGAAAAGGACAUUGAUGAUAUUGCACUGCAAGUCGACUGUCUGAUGCGAGAAAUGGAUGAAGUCAAAAAGGAGAGGAGUGAACUGCACACACGGUUGGGCGGUCUGGAGGAGGAGAAGGCAAAGCUGGCAUCCGAGUGUGAAGAGCUCAGGUUGAGCCUGCAGCAGGAGAGGGAAAAGGCUCAAAGGGGAAGCACGCGGCCACAUGGAAACACUGAUUCUACGGAUCCAGAGGAAGCAGGAGCGACAGGAGCGACAGGAGCAAAUUCAAGCUCUGAUACAUCAAGAAGUUUGAUUGAGCUGAGGCACAGCAUCGGGCGCCUUCUCGUCUCCUUCGUGCCGGCUCUGGACCUGGGCCAGGUGAAUUAUGAGUGCAAUGUAAUUGAUGAGAUCCUUGAACAGGUUCUUUCUGAUGUGGAGUCGGUCAGACGGGCGGGGGAGAUGUACAGCGAAUUAAAUGAAUGAAUAACUCAUAGGAUCCCGGGAACGAAGAACUGUACUCCAUCUAUAAAUAAUGACUACAGAAUUGUAUGAUUGUGGGAGAUGAAAGUGUAUUUAUUUUAAUGUGUUUUUUAAAAUAGUUUUUUGUGAUCAGAUUUUUGUAUUUAUUUCAUUUUCUUGAUAAGCAUAUGAAAAAGAAACGUUUUUUGUAAUUGUUGUUCACUAAAUUCAACAUUAUGAGCUGCUUUGCACUCUUUUUUUAGCUUAACAGAUGACAACUGCUAUAAUAUAAAUAUAUACAACCACAGUGUACAUUAAUAAAUGGUAUAGGUCAUUCACUUUGCUGGUCAGACUGGUGAGUCCAAUGCUUUGUCCAAUGCUUUGUUUAGGCUUUCCACACAAAGAGACUCUGUAUCUGAUUUGGUUUCUGUUACACAAUGAAAGCUACCUGUUUUCUCUUUGAUAUAAAUUGAAGCAUAUUUUAUGUUU